AACCUUACCAAUUCUCCACCUCAAUUACUCCAAAUCCCACUUCCCCUCUUCUCUUCUCUCUUUUCACAAACCCUCAAAAAAUGGAGUCACCAUCAACAAGAAGAAGACCAUGUUUCAUUGAAGAAGAUGAUGGUUUAGUCUCUUUAGCUGAAACUGAAGCUGGAUUUUCAGGAAACAACAAUAAUCAGAACCAUCCUAAUAAUAAGAACUAUAACCAAUAUCCAGUGAUUUCAAGGCCACUUUAUUAUACAGUUUCACCUAGAAGAAACAGUUUAAGGAAUCUCUCUUCUUUUUCUUCUUCUUCAUCAUCUUCUUCUAAUUCCAUGUCUUCUCCAAGAUCUGUUGUUACUGCUGCUGGAAAGUACUAUGAUGGUAGAUUUGAUGAACCCCAACAACAAUAUUUCUUGGAUGCUUGUUUCCUUUGCAAGAAACGCCUGGCUGAUAACUGUGACAUCUUCAUGUACAGAGGGGACACUCCAUUCUGUAGUGAAGAGUGCAGACAACAACAGAUAGAAAUGGAUGAAGCUAAAGAGAAAAAAUUGAACAUAUCUUCCAUUAAAGCCAUGAGAAAAAAGGACCAGAACAAAUCCACUUCCCCCAACAAAUCUUCAGAAGAUUACCCUUUCAGACCUGGAACUGUUGCUGCUGCUUGAACAAAUUAAAAUGGAUCUUCUUUGAGAAAUUUUCAAGAAUGUUCAUCUACCACAAAAUCUAUAAAUAGCAAAGAAAAUAUUAUAUUAAAAAAGAAAAAGGAAAAAAAGGUGGGAUGGAGAUGAAGAAGAAAGAAUAUACAGAAGAGUUUUCUUUUUUAUUUUAUUUUUUAUGUUUUGGUUUAUGAAAAGUAACUAGUAAUGCUCUCUGAAAAAGUGGAAAAGAGUGAUGGCUCUUUUUUUUUAGGGUUUGCCCCAAAGUUUUUUGGUGCCCCUUUUGGGGUUUCUCUUGGGUUUUUCACUGUGGAAUGAGAAGCAAUAACAAGGAAAGUUCUCCUUUCACUAUUGACUGAGUCUGCUUUUCCAUUUUUUUCUUGAUUUUUUUUUUUGGGGUUGAUUGUAUAUUUGUGUUUCUGUUUUGAAACUGAUGUAUGCAUUCAUUAGAACAUGGAUAAAAAAAUUGUGAAGGCAAA